AUGGCAACAUUGGCCACACAAUGCACCGGAUUUCCAUCCAACCACCUCCAUCGCCGGAAAACGCUACAGAUGUUGAUAGUAGAUAGUAGGGGAAGCGAUGGUGAUUCUACGGAGGAUGAGAAGGAUAAUGGCGGACGCCGGAAGUUGAAGGACUUGUUUGUGACGUCGGUUGAAGAGAGUGGAGGUGACGGUGGAAACGUGGUGGAUCGAUGGAGGGGUGGUGAUUGUGGUGGUUCGAGAGGAUUCAGGCGGUUACCGGGGACGUUGCGGCAGCGGUUGGGUAGACAAGUGUGGAGGCCUGUAUUGGUGACGAUUCCGGAGUGA